CAGACCGAAUCCAUUUCCUUGCCUUCAUGAGUCGAUAUAAACUCUUCAUAUUGUCACUUCUAUGUGUGCCUCAUCCUUGAAAGAAUACAAGAAAAAUCCUGGAAAAAAUGGCUAGCAGUCGAGGUUUCCUGUCAUGGUUAAUCUUUCUUUUCAUUGGAAUUCUAGGAUUCAUUCCUUUUCCAGCAGAAGCUGCUAUAAAGAAAUAUCAGUUUGAUAUUCAAGUGAAGAAUGUGAGCAGAUUGUGCCAUGCAAAACCUAUUGUAACUGUAAAUGGGAGGUUUCCAGGGCCAACUAUUUAUGUUAGAGAAGGAGAUAGAGUUAUGGUCAAUGUUACUAAUUACGCACAAUAUAACAUGUCUAUUCACUGGCAUGGACUGAAGCAAUAUCGCAAUGGCUGGGCAGAUGGACCAGCUUAUAUAACACAAUGUCCAAUCCAAACUAGAAGCAGCUACACUUAUGACUUCAAUGUAACAGGACAAAGAGGAACCUUAUGGUGGCAUGCACAUAUUCUUUGGUUAAGGGCUACAGUUUAUGGUGCAAUUGUCAUUAUGCCUAAACAAGGAACUCCAUAUCCUUUCCCACAACCAAAUAUGGAAGUCCCUAUUCUCUUAGGGGAAUGGUGGAACACUGAUGUGGAAGAGGUUGAAAAGCAAGGGGCUGAAAUGGGUUUGCCACCAAAUAUGUCAGAUGCACACACAAUUAACGGGAAGCCAGGACCUCUCUUUCCGUGUUCUGAGAAACAUACUUUUGCAAUGGAGAUUGAAUCAGGGAAGACAUACCUCCUGAGAAUCAUCAAUGCUGCCCUCAACGACGAGCUUUUCUUUGGCAUAGCUGGUCACAACAUGACAGUAGUGGAGGUUGAUGCAGUUUAUACGAAGCCAUUCACCACUCAAACUAUACUAAUCGCACCUGGCCAGACCACAAAUGUUCUGGUCCUAGCCAACCAAGUUCCAGGCAGAUAUUUCAUGGCUACUAGGGCUUUCUUGGAUGUUCCACUCCCUGUAGACAAUAAAACAGCCACGGCAAUUAUGCAAUACCAAGGAAUCCCGAACACUGUCCUCCCGUCCUUCCCUCAAUUGCCUGCAUCUAAUGAUACAGAAUUCGCGUUAGGCUACAACCGAAAGCUUAGAAGCUUGAACACUCCACAGUUUCCAGCAAAUGUACCCCUUAAAGUUGACAGAAAUCUCUUCUACACGGUUGGUUUCGGAAAAGAUUCAUGCCCCACAUGCGUAAACGGAACACGACUCCUAGCUUCCUUGAACAAUAUCUCUUUUGUUAUGCCUCAAAUUGGACUUCUUCAAGCUCAUUACUUCAACAUUAGUGGAGUAUUUAAGACCAAUUUUCCCGACAAGCCUCCCACCCCUUUCAACUACACUGGCGCACCACUUACAGCAAGUCUUGGAACAGUCCAUGGGACAAGGCUUAGCAAGAUUGCAUUUAAUUCUACUGUGGAACUUGUUCUUCAAGACACCAACUUGCUAACAGUUGAGUCGCAUCCAUUCCAUCUUCACGGCUAUAACUUCUUUGUUGUUGGCACAGGAAUCGGAAACUUCGAUCCUGCUAAAGAUCCAGCUAAAUAUAAUCUGGUUGAUCCCGUGGAGAGAAAUACAGUUGGCGUCCCUACUGGGGGCUGGACUGCUAUUCGGUUUAGAGCAGAUAAUCCAGGUGUUUGGUUUAUGCAUUGUCAUUUGGAGCUGCAUACUGGGUGGGGAUUAAAAACAGCAUUUGUGGUAGAAGAAGGGCCUGGAUCUGAUCAAUCUAUUCUGCCUCCUCCUAAGGAUCUUCCACCUUGCUAGACAUUUUGAAGCUACAGUAAAAUCUGACAAGCCAGUUGAAGAUGUAAUUAAUCCCCUUAUGCUGCUUCCUGCAAAAGCUGCAGGAUGUUUCUUGAGGACAAAGAUUGACUAAUAAAUGUAAGAUCUGAUCUAUUUGAGACUCAAAUUUAUGUAAUUGUAAGAAAUUCCACAAAUGUAUGAUAUCUGGGAAAUCCCAAUAUUCUUUAAACUCUUA